GCCAUAAGUAUUUUCUUGCAUUUUAACGGUAUUGUUAAAUAACCAAAGAAAAUGUAUCUCAACGGUGGUUUGAAUAUUAGUCUUUCAUUGACUGUAAACCAUUAAACAUUGAUAGCGUUUCGAUUCUCAUAACUGGGGAAACAUCAACCGAUCAAUCAAAGCUAAUCAAAAAAGUGUUCAAAACUUAGUUCUUAAAAACAAAACCGAAAAAAUAAUUUAAAAAAAUAUGAAAUUCAUUGUAUACGUGCUGCUUAUUUCAUAUAUGACAACGGCUUCGUUUUGUCAUCGCAUCAAUUCAAAACUUAUCGAUAAAUUAAGUGUUCAAGACACAAACAUCAUUUCCACCGAACAACGAAAUGACGAUUCGGUGGCAUAUGUUAAGGCGUCCAUUCCGAUUCAAAUUUUCCAAUGUAUGCAACAGUUAAACAUAUUGAAAUGCAUGAAAAUUUUCGUAUUACAACGAAUGGAACGGAAUACAUUGAAUGUGAACAGUGGUAAUAUCACAGCCGAUUUUAUCAAUCAAUUGCUAACGAAUCCAAAGGAUAUCAGAGACAAUUUAUUCGACAAACAUUAUGUGCAGAUGAGUGAAACGGAAAUAAAUGAUCGAUUGUUGAGAAGUUUUCAAAAUUUCUUCAAAAACCGAGAGAUCAAACUUCAUUUCAUUCCUGGUGUGACCGUUAAAGUUGUGCCGAGCGCAGAAAAUACGAUCAAUUUGUCUUUAAAGAAAGCAUUAUUACCAAAGUCGAAUGAAGUGACAAGAUAUGGACGGGCAAGGCGUACAAAACCGUACGAAUAUUUAGUUCAAUUCGGUCUACCAGCCAUGGUAUUGCCAGCUGUACUGAUGGGAACUGUCCUUCCAUUUUUACUACCCGCACUGAAAAUGGCAACGAUAGCUUCGGGUAUUCUGAACAAUGGCGCACUGAUGGCGGCAAUUAUGUAUGCAGCCAAAAGUACUACGUUCGCAACUGACAAGUCGUCACAAUACUAUGCAGGAUAUCACAGAGAUAUCGAUGUUCCAGUUCAUUUCAACUAAAGCUUAAAAGCUUGCAACAUGGAAUGGCUGAUGUGGAUCACCCUAACAUCUUGAUCGAUAGAAAUGUAUGAAAUGCUAAGCUAAUAAAAAAGAUCUUUAGAAAACUG